AUGCUGGAUAUUUUGGCGAAGUGGCGACGGGGCCGAGAAGAAGAAGUGCGAGAACAGUGGCGGGAAAGGGGAGAGAUGCAAGUUCCUAGAGGAUGUGUGCAGACGGAAGGAGAAGACUGGAUAAUGGUUGAGGCAGAAGUUGGCAUAAAAGAAGGAGUGGGUGUAUUAGUGAGUGAUUUGGGUGCGGAAGUAAGUGCAUACUUUGGAUUUAAACGGUUUAAUCGCGUUCAAUCAGAAGUAGUGGGGGUGGUAUUUCAGACAAACAAGAACUUGCUGGUGUGUGCCCCAACGGGUACAGGUAAGACUGAAAUUGGGAUUUUAGCGAUAGUAAGAGAGUAUAGAGAGAAAGGAACAGGAAUGCGUUUGGUUUAUUUAGGACCAACUAAAGCACUGUUGCAAGAAGUAGCUGGGAAAGUGCAGGAAAGAUUGCCUGGAUUGGUUUGUUUGUUAGAUACUUCCGAUCAAAAGGUUAGAGAUUAUCAGGAUUUCAAUGUACUGUUUACCACGCCUGAGAAGUUUGAUCUGCUGACUGGGAAAGAUAGAAUUAGUUAUGAUGUGUUGGUGGUUGAUGAGAUUCAUUUAUUGGGUGAGAAGAGAGGAGGUAUUCUGGAAAGUGGAAUUAUUAGGGCUAGAGAAAAGAAUAGUCGGAUUAUUGGAUUGGGGGCGGCUGUGCCCAAUUAUCGUGAGAUAGCUGAGUUUAUUGGGGCUGAUUUAAAGGAUGCUUUUUGUUUUGGGGCUGCUUAUCGUGAAGUAAAGAUGGUUUAUCGGGUGGUGGGUAUGCGAUCGGGAAAGACUGCUGAGAAAGUGCUGCUAUCUAAUCUUCAAGGACGUAGUUUGGUUUUUGUUUCGGCUAAAGAAGAUACCUUUGGUUUGGCUAGUUUAUUGGCUCGAGAUAGAGUAGAAGUAGUUCAGGAAAAGGUCUGGGAAUGUUUAGGACUGGAGUUUGGGUUAGAUACGCCGGAACUAAACCAAGUUAAGAGUUUGCUGCUUCGGGCGGAGUAUACGAGUGUUUUUAAAGGAGUAGGCGUUCAUAAUAGUGGUAUUCCUAAACUAGUUCGUACGGCUAUAGAGAAGCUGUUUAGUGCGGGUGUGAUUGAUAUUAUUUGUGCUACUGGUACUCUAGCGACUGGUGUUAACUUGCCGGCAGAUACAGUGAUAGUUUAUGGUACGGCUUUGUAUAAAGAAGAAGUUGGCUGGACAGAGUAUACUUUUGGUGAGAUAGCUCAGAUGUGCGGUCGGGCGGGCCGGAAAGGUAUUACGCCUAAAGGCACGGCUGUAGUUAUUACGGAUGAGAAGAAUCUUAUCUUGUAUGCUAAAGCUGUGCUAUUUCAGUUUCCAAUUGAAAGUUGUUUGCCGGCGACUUUACCAACAAGACUUCUUUAUGAAGUAGCUACGGGUCGUAAUACACUUGAACAACUUAGUGCUUGGCUGCAAAAGAGCUUCUUCUUUAUUCGCGCUCGAAAUGAUCCUGUUUUUAGUGCUUGGACUGAUAAGCAAAACCGGCUAAUUCAAAGCCUUAUUGACUACUUGGUUGACUUAAGAGUUAUUUGUCUCGCCGAAAGUGGCUCUCAUUCUAUGAACAAUUCUUAUCGGUUAACCCAAUUGGGUCAAACGGCUUUUGUCUUUUAUGUUGAUCCUGAAACUCUCGUUAAAUAUGCUCAGCUUCUGAAUGCUUUUCAACAAUCGGGCUUAAUAACCGAUUUAGGCGACAUUCUUUUGAUUCUUUCAACGGCUGAAGAGUUUCAACACCUUAGUAUUUUACCUAAAGAUCAACCAGUCUGGCAAACUUUAACUGCCCAUUUACCCUAUCCUAUUAAAACUGCCGACCAUCCAACCAUGGCUUUGAUUAGAACAAUUGCGUCACCUCGGCCUAAAGUAUCUUAUAUUUUCCAGCUCUGGGUAUCUUCAUUCUCUUCAUCUCCUCCAGUUCUCCCAGCAAGUAUCUUCUCAUCACUAUCUUUCCUUUCCUUUGCCCUCCCGCGUUUAGUCCAUGCUCUUCAAGCUCUUGCUCUAGCCCAGCAUCAUCAAGCCCUCUUCCCCAUUCUAGAUUUGGCUAAAACUCUCACCCACCAGCAAUGGAAGUACUCCUACCUCGCCAAAUCCUCUUUAACUGGUUCUAGUCCUACCUAUACCCACAACUCACCUACCAGCAUUACUAUCCAACUGCCCCAGCCAUCAACCUCUACUCUAAUUGCCAUAUCUACACCGACCUCUCCAUCCCUUAUAUCUGCUACCAUUACCUCUCACUCAGUUUUUACUCUGACUAUUCCCGCUACCCGCCCCCUACUUCUCCGCCUUGAAUCACUUAGUUUCUUCCACCACCCCAUCAUUCUCCCGAUCACCCACUGA